AAAAAAAAAAAAAAAAAAAAAACAGCGACACCGACAGAUUUAAGUGGAGAGGAAAAAGGGCUGGGUGUAUCGCUCAACAAAGCCGUACUGUUGUUAGCAAGACGAACUUGAUCUGAGUUUAGAUAAGGGAUGUAAUAACGUUUGCUACGUUGCUUGUAACCGGCGAUCUUGGAAGAACAAUAUAUCCUGCAAGGCGUGCCUGUUUUUCUCCGGGCGUCCUUUCUGUUGUGUGUGUGUUAGGUAGCUCUCCUGGAAACAUGGCUCUGCUGCACUCAAAUAAACAACUGCGCUUUGCCGGGGUCGCUCUUAUUUCAUUUCUAAGUUGCUUUACCUCUGUGUUUGCUGGGACAUUUGAAGUGAAGAAUGGAAACAAUACCUGUAUAAUGGCUGAGCUAUCGGCCAACAUCUCCGUCAAGUACAUACUAAAAGACGAGCAAAUGAACACAGUUUUGGUUGCCCUUCCUGACAGUGCCACAGUAGAUAACAGCAGUACAUGUGGCAAUGCCACAGUAUCCCCCUUGCUGGUGAUCCACUUUGGAGAUGGCCACUCCCUCAGCCUGAACUUCUCGAGAAACGCCUCUGAUUACCGGGUGGACACCCUCUCAGUCACACUGAACAUGAGUGACAGUGCAGUCUUUGUCAAUUCAAGUGUUAAAGCACCAAUGACCGUGUCUUCGUCUUCUACUGGAAUCCAGGCUUCAUUAAACACGACCUACAGAUGUAUGAGCGUGACCACGGUGACCCUGAACAAUGUUAAUGUCACAUUCAGUAAUAUGAGGGUGGAGGCUUACCUGCCAGCUGCUAACUUCAGCAAAGAAGCCACUGUUUGCAAUGCGGAUAUCGGCACUAGCACCCCAGCUCCAAAAACCACUCCGGUAACCACUGCAACCACGGCACCCCCAGCACCAACUACGGUCCCAACAAACCCCACUACUGGAACAUACAAUGUAACCAAAUCCAACGAGACGUGCCUGCUUGCUAAAAUGGCUCUGCAGCUCAACAUCACCUACCAGAACAAAACUACUGUCUUCAACAUCAAUCCUGUAACGACUGUAGCCAGCGGUGUCUGUGAUACUAAUGUUUCAACACUGUUUCUGAGGGAUGGCAGCACCAAUUUAACUUUCAUGUUUGUGCUUAAUGAUAAGAAAUUCUACCUGAGUGAAAUUGGUGUUGCCACAUCUGAUGGAUUCGCAGCCGACAAUAAAAAUCUGACCUACCUAAGAGGCACUCUUGGCAGAUCCUACGUGUGCAGCGCUGAACAAACCCUGACUGUCAACUCUGUGUUUUCUAUCAAUGCGUUUCACCUGCAAGUUCAGCCUUUUGGUGUCAGCAAUGGCAAGUUUGGAACAGCGGAGGAUUGUCAACUGGAUGAGGACAACAUGGUGAUUCCUAUAAUAGUGGGUGCAGCCCUGGCUGGACUGGUUCUGAUAGUUCUGAUUGCUUAUCUCAUUGGCAGAAAGAGAAGUCAUGCUGGAUAUCAAACCAUCUAAUUCAGCGCAAAGAUAGUGAUGUUUAUCUACCACUGUUACUAACAAAGCUUUCGCAAGAAGUGGAUACAAGAGAUUCUUAAAUUCUGUAAAGAUCCAAAAUCAUAAGUGAGCUUAUAAUUGGUUUACCAAUAAUAAUCUGCUUCUUGACAAGCGCUUUCUGCUGUUAUGUAUUUGAAAUCUGCAGUAUUGUCCUUUGCCAAGUUACAGAGGAUUGUAUUGAAAUUCUUUUUUAAAUGUAACUUUUUGGGGGGGGGGUAAUUUUUUUUUUUUCUUGAUGUAGUGAUUUUUUUCCCCACUUAAGUCUUACUUCUUAUCUGUGGUUUUGUAAAUGACAAUACUGCACAUGCUUAAGAGUCAGUAACCAUUCAAAAUGAAUUCCGUUCCGUAUUUACAGUAUAAUCGUAAAUCUCGAAAAACUACUCCCUUCUAAAUCUUUUGUAGUCAUCUUUGUAUUACUUU